UCGGUGGCCCGUGCCUGCUCAGUUCCUGGUGUGACCUCUCCCAAGAUGCCUGAGUCAGGGAAGAAACCAGUUUCCGCCUUCAGCAAGAAGCCACGGUCAGUGGAGGUGGCCACAGGCAGCCCUGCCGUGUUCGAGGCCGAGACAGAGCGGGCAGGAGUGAAGGUGCGCUGGCAGCGGGCAGGCAGUGACAUCGGUGCCAGUGACAAAUAUGGCCUGGCAGCCGAGGGCACGCGGCACACGCUGACAGUGAGGGACGUGGGCUCUGCCGACCAGGGGUCCUAUGCAGUCAUCGCUGGCUCCUCCAAGGUCAAGUUUGACCUCAAGGUCUUAGAAGCAGGGAAGGCAGAGCCUGUGCCAGGCCCUGCUCCCGCCCCUGCUGAGGCUCCUGGAGCCCUUGGAGAAGCCCUGGCCUCGGCCACUGAAGUGGAAGGAGGCUCCCCGAGUCCUGAAGGGUCAAGCUCAGCAGCCCCCGAUGGACCCAGUGUCCCUGACGAUCCCAUCGGCCUCUUUGUGAUGAGGCCACAGGAUGGCGAGGUGACCGCGGGUGGCAGCAUCACCUUCUCAGCCCGCGUGGCCGGGGCUAGCCUCCUGAAACCACCUGUAGUCAAGUGGUUCAAGGGCAAGUGGGUGGACCUGAGCAGCAAGGUGGGGCAACACCUGCAGCUGCACGACAGCUACGAUCGGACCAGCAAGGUCUACCUGUUUGAGCUGCACAUCACAGAUGCCCAGGCCACCUUUGCUGGUGGCUACCGCUGUGAGGUGUCCACCAAGGACAAAUUUGACAGCUGCAACUUCAACCUCACUGUCCAUGAGGCCAUCGGCCCCGGAGAUGUGGACCUCCGAUCAGCUUUCCGCCGCACGAGCCUGGCUGGAGGUGGUCGGCGAAUCAGUGACGGCCAUGAGGAUGCUGGAACUCUGGACUUCAGCUCGCUGCUGAGGAAGAGCAGCUUCCGGACCCCGCGGCUGGAGGCCCCCGCGGAGGAGGAUGUGUGGGAGAUCCUGCGGCAGGCAUCCCCGUCAGAGUACGAGCGCAUCGCCUUCCAGCACGGCAUCACCGACCUGCGAGGCAUGCUCAAGAGGCUCAAGGGCAUGAGGCGGGAGGAGAAGAAGAGCACAGCCUUUCAGAAGAAGCUGCAGCCGGCCUACCAGGUGAGCAAGGGCCACAAGAUCCGGCUGACCGUGGAGCUGGCCGACCCCGACACCGAGGUCAAGUGGCUUAAGAACGGACAGGAGAUCCAGAUGAGCGGCAGCAAGUACAUCUUCGAGUCCGUUGGCGCCAAGCGCACGCUGACCAUCAGCCAGUGCUCGCUGGCGGACGACGCGGCUUACCAGUGCGUGGUGGGCAGCGAGAAGUGCAGCACCGAGCUCUUUGUCAAAGAGCCCCCCGUGCUCAUCACAUGUCCCCUGGAGGACCAGCUGGUGAUGGUGGGACAGCGAGUGGAGUUUGAGUGUGAAGUGUCUGAGGAGGGGGCCCAGGUCAAAUGGCUGAAGGACGGGGUGGAACUGACCCGGGAGGAGACCUUCAAAUACCGGUUCAAGAAGGACGGCCAGAGACACCACCUGAUCAUCAAUGAGGCAACGCUGGAGGAUGCAGGGCGCUAUGCGCUGCGCACGAGUGGGGGCCAGGCUCUGGCUGAACUCAUCGUUCAGGAGAAAAAGCUGGAGGUGUACCAGAGCAUCGCGGACUUGACGGUAGGCUCAAAGGACCAGGCCGUGUUCAAGUGUGAGGUGUCGGAUGAGAACGUGCGGGGCGUGUGGCUGAAGAACGGGAAGGAGCUGGUGCCUGACAGCCGCAUAAAGGUGUCCCACAUCGGGCGGGUCCACAGACUGACCAUGGACGACGUCACACCCGCAGACGAGGCGGACUACAGCUUUGUGCCAGAAGGCUUCGCCUGUAACCUGUCUGCCAAGCUCCACUUCAUGGAGGUCAAGAUUGACUUCGUGCCUAGGCAGGAACCUCCCAAGAUCCACCUGGACUGCCCAGGUCGCGUGCCGGAUACCAUUGUGGUGGUGGCUGGGAACAAGCUACGCCUGGACGUCCCUAUCUCCGGGGACCCUGCUCCUACUGUGAUUUGGCAGAAGACCAUCACAAAGGGGAAUAAGGUCCCAGCAGGGCCAGCCCUUGAUGCAUCGGGGGAUUCAGGUGCCAGUGAUGAGUGGAUAUUUGACAAGAAGCUGCUGUGUGAGACUGAGGGCCGG